AUUUCACAUUGUCAGUCGUGCUUUGGCUGUCGAAGCGGAAGGUAUUUCGUUGGGAGUGUUGUUCCUUUAAAAAAAAAAAAAAAAAUUAAAAAAAAAAUAAAGGGCACGAUGAUCUUGCCAUAAAACCGGUUCGUGACACAGGUCAUUGUAAUUUCACGGACGUCACAUGAAAAAACGUCAUUUGCCAUUAGUCAAAUGUUAAUCCCUCAAUAUCAAUGUACCUUCAAUCAGGUGGUGAUUUUGUGAUAUCAAUGAUGCUGCGAGAAAUGUUUCGCGAAAUUGUUAGAUAACGGUGGUGAAUUUUUUUUUGUCAUUUAAUUUCUUACCUCUUUUUUUUUUUUUUUUUCUCUUUGAAAUUGCCUCCGAAAAAUGAAGGAUACAACGUUUAUCACACAUGCCGAUGUUUAUCUCGUCGAGGAAUCUCCUGGGACUUCUGAUAGCGUAAUGGUGUCGGGAGAUUCACCGCCUCCAAUGACAACAUCAAUUCCACCGGGUUUCGAUAUUUCCGAAGAUAUGAGACCUGGUAAAACAACACCAACAAAUAUUCCUUUGACUCCAGUGAAAUCGUAUAAAGCAAAUGGAAAUAUAACAAAUGAGGAUAUUGAGGAAGCAGUGCCAAUUGUCAAAAGUCUUCCAUUGCCAGAACCUCAGCCGAAAAUUGAAAAAAAUUGUUUUGAUUACGAUCAAACCGAUGGGAAACAACUUGUUGGCGAAGUUGAGGAAGAUGCUUGUUUUGUUAAAUGUGUUUAUUUUACACAGCAGUGCUGCGAGUGCACGAUACUCUGAUUCAUUUAAAAAAGGGUCUCUCUAAAAAAACAAAAAAAAAAAAAAAAACAAGAUAAA